GACUCUCUGGGCGGUCCGUUCCCCUCCACCACCCACCGAUGCCACCACAAGCCCAAGCGCUGCCUGCCCAUCCAGCAGUGUGGUGUUGGGGGCGGGGGCCAGAGGAGAGGCCUGGCCAUCAGUCCCCUGCUCUUCCACCCUAACACCAAGGGCUCCCAGAUCGCCAUGGACCUGGCCCAGAGGACCGUCAAGAGGCAGGCCAGCUUCUGUAACGCUAUCACCUUCAGCAACAGACCUAUAGAGCUGUAUGAGCAGGUCCGAAUCAAGGUAUGUAGAGAGGGAGAUGGAUACAACACCACACACAAGGAGGUUUAUUUACAGUAUGCAAAGUGUCAACAUACCAUGAUAGUAUUCUGACAAUGGUAGAUUCAUUUUAUUUGAUUAAUUAUACCUUUAUUUUAACAGGGAGUCACCAUUGAGACCAAUGUCUCUUUUACAAGGCAGCCCUGCAUAUACACAAUUUACAAAAUAAAGUCAAAUACAAUGUCAAAUAAAAUAUAAUACACAUUUUCAAGAAAAACAAUCCCAUUCCUCAGCAAGGUCCCCAAUCAACAUGUUGAACUGCCAGAGAGGCACCAGAACAUCCCGUUGUAGGGAACUCUGUAGGUUGUUCUUUACAUGGUGGGAUGCUGACACAAAAGGCUCAAAAGAUGAUGACACAAGAUAUGGAGAGCGAUACUAACACGGAUCUGUACAAUAGGUGAGACUAGCUUUGAUGUGUACAGUAUCUGAUGUAUACACAGUAUAUAUCAUGUAAACACACCAAGUCAGGGUAGUAAUGCGAACACACACACACACUUCUAGCUUAUGAUCUUGUCCAGGUAAAUCCUUCUUUCAGUCUAAUGCUACUUCCCCCUCCUGUUCCUGUGUCUGCCCAAAUAGGCUUAGCAGGUUUCCACCUAGCAAGCCAGCAUGUCAACACAGUCAAUGCACUGGGUAAACACUGCUUAUGGCGCCAGGGCAAGUGGAUGUGGCUUUACUGGUUGUUGGUAAAACAGUGAUGAUUGAAUAGCAGCAAGCACAACAUUUAAUUCAGCCGAGUGCUCUAAAGCUGUGGUUCCUAAACACCCCCCCCCCCCCCCCCCCCCCCCCCCCCAAGGUGGUCGGCAGGGUCCACCCCCUCUCUUAAAAGUUUUAGUAGUAGAAUGCACAAGGUGCAAUUUCCAAAUUGGGUAGUGCGUCAUUAGUUUUCCUCUUGUCAUGUCAGUCAUUGCAUACCUUAGAGAGCUAUUUAUAACUUGUCAGUAAUGUCAAAAUCAACUAGCCCAUGUCAACUAAUGAGUCACUCAAAUAUCACAUGAAUACACAUUAGACAUGGGGAAAUGUAUAGAAUUGCAAGAAAAUGAGCUUUAAAAUUGCUAAAUUCUCUCCUCACCCCAUGACAAAAUGUAUAGAACUGCAGGAGAUAAGCUUUAAACCUGUAAUAUUGUCUCUCCGCCAACAAGAGAGGAGUGAAUAGUUUGUGUCAUAAACAGUGCUUGUGCCCAUAGAAAUAGACGUGGCGCAGGAUGUUCCACAAUGCUGGAAGGGGGGCCUGAGUGAAAAAACUCAAGACAACUUAGGCUUUUGUCUUACAUAAGUAAUAUUUAGGUACAGUUCAGAGUUUCCGUUAACUGAUAUAUAUAUAUUUUUUUAAAGGAUAAAUUGGCUCCGGCCAAUUGACCGGGAGAAGAAAAAAAAUCCCAUUGCGAAAAUGCAUUUUAGCAUAUUCAUUGAUUGAAAUACCAGUCGAUGUAGUGUGAGAUCUGCUGCUACAGCUCAUCAAACAGCUGUGUUAAAAACCGUUUCAAUGGCCACGAUAAAAAGGAGCCACUAUUUUUAUUUCUCAACUGGUAAUUGAUUUGCGCUUCCCAUUCGCCACUCAAGUACAUAGGCAACUAGGGUUUAGUGUGUCACACACCACUUUGUAAUGAGCUGGAGGCAGUAUGCAUUUUGAAAACAUAUACUUAACUGUUUGAAACCUGAACGUUUUACUACAUAUUAUGAGGCAUGUCUUACCUGGCUUCAAAGUAGCCUAGCCAAAAUCUAACCAAAUGUGCAGGCAAUUAUUUUAUAAAGACUUCCAUAUACCAUUGAAACCAGUAGCCUAUUUCUCUCAUGUUCUAUUGGUUUUCAACUUUCUUUCAUUGUCCAGUAGCCAAAGGCACAAUCCUAGUCAUAUUAGCAACCCAUGCUAGUUGUUGCAUAUUAGAUCUUAGCAACCCAUGCUAGUUGUUGCAUAUUAGAUCUCCCCUAUUUCUACAUUUCUAACAGAUAUUUUCAUCUCUAUCAGUUUGACAACAGUAUUUUCCCGCUAAUUGCAUUAUGAAACAAAGAAUCACACGUAGUCUACUGCCUUGUGCGCAUUGCUGUGCUUAUAAUGUGAAGAAAUAAUAGUUUAUCAACAUUUUACGCAAAAUGUUUUGAUCUGUUGUAUGAGCCUCAUGGCUUUAAACCAGUUUUGGGAUGUAGCUUAGGCCUUCUGGUUGUAUGAAUUUGGGAUCUAUAUUACUCCUGUUGUUGGCUGGGGAAAAGUAAAUGUAGCAGUUAUCUUCAAAUUGCGCAUCGGAAUUCUGUAAGAAGGACGCAUGCCAUUGCAUCCUAGAGUUGCAUGUUCUGUUGAUAAAAAUUACCAUAAUCUAAAUGUGAUUUCUGUCACUGUUUGUGGACGCCCUAGGAAAGCAAAGGCUAGCUUUUUCAAACAGAAAUGUGCAUCCUGUAGCACUAACUCCAAAAAGUUUUGGGACACUGUAAAGUCCAUGGAGAAUAAGAGCACCUCCUCCCAGCUGCCCACUGCACUGAGGCUAGGAAACACUGUCACCACCGAUAAAUCUACGAUAAUCGAGAAUUUCAACAAGCAUUUUGCUACGGCUGGCCAUGCUUUCCACCUGGCUACCCCUACCCCGGCCACCAGCUCUGCACCCUCCGCUGCAACUUGCCCAUUCUCCUUCACCCAAAUUCAGACAGCUGAUGUUCUGAAAGAGCUGCAAAAUCUAGACCCCGACAAAUCAGCUGGGCUAGACAAUCUGGACCCUUUCUUUCUAAAAUUAGCCGCCGAAAUUGUCGCAACUGUAAUUAGCCCACCCAACUAACUCAUCCCCAUAUUGUUAUUUAUUUUGCUCAUUUGCACCCCAGUAUCUCUAUUUGCACAUCAUCUUCUGCACAUCUAUCACUCCAGUGUUAAUACUAAAUUGUAAUUAUUUUGCACUAUGGCCUAUUUAUUGCCUUACCUCCAUUAUUUACCACAUUUGAACACACUGUAUAUAGAUUUUCUAUUGUGUUUUUGACUGUACGUUUUGUUUAUCCCAUGUAACUCUGUGUUGUUAUUGUUUUUAUCGCACUGCUUUGCUUUAUCUUGGCUAGGUCUCAGUUGUAAAUGAGAACUUGUUCUCAACUGGCUUACCUGGUUAAAUAAAGGUGAAAUAAAAUAAAGAAAAUAAUCAGGUUACGUACCCAAUGCAUAUUGGUCCGGUAAAUGUCUUAAAUGUCUGGUAAAUUAAAAUGCUGUUGGUCAAAUGUCUGCCGCCAUAUUUUACUAACAGAAACCCUGGUACAGUUAUACAACCAAGACAAACUAAGCAAACCAGUCACUCAACAAACCAAACAGGCCCAUUACUUGCUUUCUUUUGCAACCUGUCAGCAUUGUAUAGGCCUAGGUCACAAAAUGGAAUCUCAUUGACAAACAAUACACAAAGGGAACCCUUUACUUCAAGGCAACAUUUAGACUUCCUUGUAAAGUACAAUCCUAGACCUUACACUCUUAUACUACUACAAACUGUUAUAAGACCAUCAACCUAUCAUAGUCUGUCCUCCUUCCACAGAUCACUAAGAAGCAGUGUUGCUGGAGCGGAGCUCUCCGUCUGGGCUUCACGGCUAAAGACCCGUCCCGUAUCAACCCAGACAGCCUUCCCAAGUAUGCCUGUCCUGACCUGGUCUCCCAGAGUGGCUUCUGGGCCAAGGCUUUACCUGAGGAGUUCGCCAAUGAAGGGAACGUCAUCGCCUUCUGGGUGGACAAGAAGGGCCGGGUCUUCUAUAGAAUCAAUGAGUCCAACCCGAUGUUAUUCUUCAGUGGGGUGAGAACAGGAGAACCGCUGUGGGCACUGAUAGAUGUCUAUGGGUUGACCCGUGGAGUGCAACUGCUA